CUUCUCUCUCUCAAUCUUCUCAACCUCUCUCUCCCCUGUCCCGCAGUCAGCCGGUCGGACUAACACCUCUCUUCACUCUCGCUGGGGAAGUCCAAGCAACACUGUAUUUCUACACUGCUCAGUGAGGACGGCACGGCUGGGAAGCCUCAGAAGGUGGGCUGGUCUUGGUGUCUCCUCAGCCGUCAUGGGGAGGUCAGGAGCGCUCUGGGUUUGUUUGCUUGGGACGAGCAUGCGGUUGUUACUUCCCCUCGUCCUCUGUGUCACCUGCAUCCAUGGUCUUUUUCCGCCACAGCCACGGGUCUUCCUGUCAUUUCAAGAAUUACAGAAAACCCAGUCCUUUGAGCACUACACGUUGUCUGAGAAGGCCAUGGACUAUAGGAUCCUCUUCAUGGACGAAGAUCAAGACCGUAUGUACGUGGGCUGCAAAGACCAUGUCCUCUCGAUGGACAUCAACAACAUCAGCCAGACCCUGCUAAAGAUCUUCUGGCCGGCAUCCACUAGUAAGGUCGAGGAGUGUCAGAUGGCUGGCAAAGACCCCACACAUGGAUGUGGAAACUUCUUACGAGUGAUUCAGCCUUAUAACAGGACUCAUCUGUUCAUCUGUGGCAGUGGAGCCUACAGCCCAGUGUGUGCAUAUGUUAACCGUGGCAGGCGUCCUAAGGAGCAAGUCUUCCAAAUCUCUUCCCGAGCAGAGUCAGGGAAAGGAAGAUGCUCGUUUAACCCACAAGUCAACACCGCCUCAGUCAUGCUCAAUCAGGAGCUGUUCUCUGGCAUGUACAUUGACUUCAUGGGGACAGACGCGGCCAUCUUCAGGAGCCUGACCACAAGGAACGCUGUGAGGACGGACCAACAUAACUCCAAAUGGCUGAGCGAGCCAGUGUUCAUCGAUGCACACUUGAUUCCUGACGGCUCAGACCCAAACGACGCCAAGCUUUACUUCUUCCUGCGUGAGAGACUGACAGACAGUAGUGGAAACACUAAGAACAUCCACGCUAUGGUGGCUCGAGUCUGCCCUAAUGACACCGGUGGUCAACGCAGUCUGGUGAACAAGUGGACCACAUUUCUGAAGGCUCGUCUGGUAUGUUCGGUUCUAGAGGACGACGGUACAGAGACCCACUUUGAUGAGCUCGAGAAUGUGUUUUUAUUGGAGACGGACCACCCAAAGGGCCUCCUCAUCUUUGGAGUUUUCACCUCUACAAGUUCUGUGUUCAGAGGUUCUGCUGUCUGUGUUUACAACAUGGCCGACAUCCUGACGGUCUUCAAUGGACCGUUCGCACACAGGGAAGGACCCAACUUCCAGUGGGUGGCUUUCCAGGGCCGGAUCCCAUACCCACGACCGGGAACUUGUCCUGGUGGCGCGUUCACCCCUCAUACCCAGAGCACUAAAGAGUUUCCAGAUGAUGUGGUGACGUUCGUGAGGAAUCACCCCGUCAUGUUUAACCCCAUCUACCCGGUCGGAAGGAAACCUCUGGUGGUGCGGACACAUGCCGAUUAUAAAUACACCUCUAUAGCUGUGGACCAGGUCACUGCUGUGGACGGACACUACCAGGUUCUAUUUCUGGGCACAGAUAAAGGCACGGUGCAGAAGGUCGUGGUUCUGCCGUCAAACGGCUCUUUGGAUGAGGAUCUAAUCCUGGAGGAGCUGGAAGUGUUUAAGAAGCAAUCUCCUAUCACCAACCUAAGAAUCUCAUCUAAAAAGCAACAGCUGUAUGUUAGCUCUGAACACGGAGUCUCCCAGGUGUCUUUGCACCGCUGCAUGGCAUACGGCUCUGCUUGUGCAGACUGCUGUUUAGCGCGGGACCCGUACUGUGCCUGGGAUGGGCUCAGCUGUUCUCGAUUCUACCCUACUGGCAAGAGGAGAAGCAGAAGGCAGGAUAUUAUGCAUGGGAAUCCACUAACUCAGUGCAGAGGGUUCAAUCUGAAAGCCUACAGGAAUGCAGUGGAGAUGACUCAGUAUGGAGUCAAAAACAACACCACCUUCCUGGAGUGUCAGCCCAAAUCUCCACAGGCCUCAGUUAAAUGGCUCAUUCAGAGAGACAACGAUCGCAGGAAAGAGGUGAAGCUGAGCGAUCGUGUGUUGUCCACCAAUCACGGCUUGCUCAUCCGUUCAGUGCAUUCCUCGGAUCAGGGUGUGUAUUACUGCCUGGCCACAGAGAAUGGCUUCAAGCGCACACUUGCUAAAAUCCGUCUCCAGAUUCUGAGCGAAGCUCUGGUCAGCGCUCUGAGCAAUAAACAUUCUCCCUGGGGCUGGGCGGCCUCACUGCACCCUAAAGCCCUGGUGUCAGCCUUCAGCCCUGCUGAGACGCUGGCCAUGCACCAAUACUGCAAGGAACGCAAACAGAUGCAGAGUCUGCAGAACAUACAGAGCCCCAUGAGAGGUGAUCUGGGCAAACUCAAACCCUUGCUGGACCACAGGAAGAGCAGGAACCGCCGAAACCACUUACAAGAGGAAUAGAGUCGAAACAUGAACAAAGGAAAUGGAUGGAGAGAUGAAAAGAAAAAAAAGACAUGCACAAGGAGAAAGCUCGAGUGUAAAAUAGAGUAGGAGAAUGCUGGAGAAGAUUCCUCUGUUAUGAACCUCAAUUGUGGUUCUUCAAGAUCAAAGCAUCUCAGGUGCUUCCUGUACAGCAGUCUUAUAUACACGAACACCCAGAGCAGAGGACUCGGAGACAUCCACAUCCUCACACACAGCCAUCCUGUUUCAAGCAGCAUAAUACAAAAUGCCAUAUAUCAUAUCUGGUAGUAUUGUUAGCAAUUUAUGUGAAUGCAGCAAUUCAGAACAAACCAUAAAGUAAUACCACUUCCUUCAAGACCCAAUGAAAUAGCUUGAUGAACAGGUUUUUUUUUCUGUGUUGAUGUAUUCCUUAUUGAAACAGGCAUUUGGGAUGGGACAUAUGGAGGGACUCGUCCCUUUUUAACAGCCUUUAGUUUACAUUACAGCCAUGAACAUUUAUUUCUGCUUGCUAUUGCUAGUGAAGUAUUAAAAAAUGGGACAGUAUCAUUAUAGAGCGCAUUUCAACAGACAAAAAAGAACAAAAAACCAAGUCUACUCAUCAAUAUUUUGGGUUGUUUACUGAAAGAGAAAGACUGUAAAUUGCAAAUGUACAUAUCUGCUAAAGGUUUGUCGAAUUUUAGGACUACAUUUGCAUUAGCCUUAGCCUCAACCCACAGAAAAGGUUUUGUUUUCUAGUUCAUAUCGGAUUCAAUCUUAUUAUGUAUGGAUCUUGAGAGUAUUCUGUUAACUUAUAGAUGUAAAGUUGAAUUAGCUUCUAAACUAUUGAUUACUUCUACAUUUCCUUUAAUAUCCCAGCAGAACACUGUGAUUAGAAGUAUAUUGUAGCAAUCCAAAUUUAAAAUACAGUACAUGCCAUGUUUAGGGCAAUACAUUUUGGAAAAUUGUCAUAAAAAUGGAACAAAUUUGUCUAUUCUACUACCUACAACUCUUCAAUACCCAUAAUUAAACUACAAGGCUACAUUAAAUAUUAAUAGUGGUCUUGUAAAGUCAGUCAAUGGCCUUCCUACACUGAGAUGAUCAUUUGUGGUUUAGAGCUCAUCUCAAGCUUGUAAAAGCUUGUUUUCUAGCAAAUGAAUUGUUUAUGGUCACACAGGUCAUGAGAAUAUUUCUUGGAGAUAAAAACAUAACACAUACACCAAAAUAUAUCAUCCCAGCUGCAGCACAGAUGUUCAUAUGGGAAGUGAGAGGGUUUGG